AUGUGCGGUCGUUUCCUUCCCUCCUGUAUUAUCUUCCUCUCGUUUCUGCCGCUUUGGACAAAGGGGUAUACUGUAGUUCGUUUAGAUGUGGAAUGUAAUAUCAGGGUCACUUCCGAGACAUCGAUAGCUGCAGAUGGGUAUGCUUAUUAUGUUUUGAUGACAACAAUUGUACCUUCCAGUGACUGUCGGGAUGCCAAAGUGACUUAUAUUUCCAACGACAACUACCUGAAGACCUGGCUGAUUGUGAAGGUAGUUGAUUCGACUUCUGUAAUGUACGGCACUGUGACUUUCGACAAGUUAAAAGAAGGAAAAGUUACUAUUAAAAAAGUGUCUCUGGAUUACGGUAUGUUACAGAGAUAACCAGGUUGAUUAUUUUACUUUUACUUCCAGCCCUGGGCGAUUGUAAAUUUGAUCCGGAUUUCUUUACUCAUUUUGUGGAUGGGAACACUCAUUACAUGUUAGCCAAAUGUGGAGAUUCGUAUAGCCUUUUGAAGAGUCCGAUUCUCCAGGAUUAUGUCAUUUACACUCCAUCCCGGCCAUUAAUCCGUGUGAAUGCACUGCACAACACUCCGCAGAAUCAGAUCGUUGGGAUUGGAUUGCCAUUUUCCGAGAGCGGGUAAGAGAAGUCAUCUUUGUAAGCUCGCCAAUUCGUUUUUGCCAAAGUUGUUUUUGCUAAUCGGUACAGCUUGCGUUUCAGAUCAUACGAAAAAGUCUUGGAGACAACUGAUUUCAGUUUAAUCUUACCUUUUUGGAGAUUUUAAACAUUGGUUUUCUUGUUUCAAAUUUCAACCAUUAAAACGCAUGAUUUUGAAGUGGAUAAGUUACUUAGGUAUAAUACCUUAAGCACUCCUUAAGGUAUAAUACAUAAUUUUGGCUUGUCUCUGUUGGCCUGAAAUUAGCUUUUAGGAUCUCUGAAUAAUUUGCUGUAGGCAGGUUUCAUUAUAUUGCAGUUUGAUUCAGAAGUUCCAUUUUUGGAUGACUUAAAGCGUAGCAUUAAAGUGAUUGUCCUAUCUCAGACUCUCAUUUCUGCAAACGUCGGAGAAUGGAAAGCCCGGCCGCACCCUCUACGAAAUUCAAGACAUCAACAACCCUACUGCUGAUCCGGCCAGUCCAUCGGGGAUUAAUCUUCAAUAUGUGUUGCUACACGAGCAUUCUCCGAUUGUCUCGAUGAAAGUGGAUAAAAAGACCGUUUUUAAAAAUCUGAAUGGGGGCCCAUUGCCAGGUAAGAUGUAAAAUUUUUACAUACAAGAUCUGGAGCGUAUAUCCCGAUACAUUUUGUUCCACUUUUAUCUAAAAGUUUACUUUUUAGAUGGGUGUUCCUCUAUCAAUCAUGACCAAGUUGAAUAUUCCAUCUAUGGAUGUGCAGAUAUAAUGCUGACGGAAAAAGUUACUGAAUCUUUCGAAUGGGUGAACGACCUGGAUGAUAUUCCUGUGGAUAUCCUUGGAAAAGGCCCUGUAGGCGAGCUAGUGUCACAUUUAUAUUCUAAUCGUAAUUUUACAGAGCUUUUCCAUCUACAAGGAAGAAGAUGUGGUCAAAUGUGAGAGGACGAGUAAACAGUAGGCAACAGUUUUAGCCUGAUAUUUAUUUUUAGGAGGGUCGCCUUUAUCACGCUUCUUUUCUUUGUCAACAUUUUCGAAAUGUUGAAUAUCAUCGCCAUUAUCAUCGCUGUUUAUGCCUGCAGAAAUUUGCAUAAGAAACGCAUGGCCAAAAGACGUAAGGAACAGUUCCGCUUUUGUCUUUUUGAUAACACAUGUUUUAGAUGCUCGUUGUGCCAAAAGAAUGGCAGAAAAACAAAGAAUUCUGGAAGAGCAGAGGAACAACGACCAAACCAAUACGGAGGCGCUGUGA